AUGGAAGAGGAGGAGAAAAUGCCAUCGGCAUCUUCGACAGUGGCAACGGCUGCUAAACCGGUGUCGUUCACUACCAGCUUGGAUCCAGUGAAUUCCGUUGAAUUCUUGGAGAAGGUUUUUGAUUUCAUUACAGAAGUGAGAGGAUUGGACGCGUGGCGGGAGGAGCUGGCGAGUUUGGUGGAAGAUUCGAGGAUAAUAUACACUGAGGAAAUAAUUUUCCCGUCGUUACCGCCGUUCACUGAUCAGAAACUGACGGCGGUUGCUGAGAGUGAUCAUGAAAUGGAACCGCCAGAGGCCUUGAAGGAACAAGUGAAGGAAUUGUUAAAAUCAUGGUGCGAGAUGAUUCUAGAGCUUGGAAGAGGAUGUAGAGAUGUUUUGCAGCAAACGGAACAAGUGAAGGAAUUUUUGGAAUCGAAAGUUACUGAGGAUUCGUUUAUAGUUCAGAAGCUUGGUGGACCCGUGGCUAAGGUCUCCAGUCGGUUGAAUUUCUUGAAUGAGUUCUUGCCUCAGGAACAUGAUCCUAUUCACGCUUGGCCUGUUAUCUUCUUUGUUUUCAUCCUUGCACUUUCAGCUCUAAAUUUGAAUGGUGCACAUGAUGUAUCGGCACCACCAGUAAAGAAAGUACUUGUUCAUCCUCCUAGCGCAAGCCGAAUCCAGCUCCCUGAUGGCAAACACUUGGCUUAUCGUGCAAUGUUCCAGUGA